UGGACGAGGUUAGGCCCUAUCUGCCUCGAUUACACGGUCUCCACGGUCACGAUGUCUCCUGAAGAUUUUCCGAACCACCUUAGGCGGGUACGGAAAUGGUAUCGGUCGGGGUACCUGGCGGUGAACGGGGCUGCGGUCGUGCUCAUCGGGAACAUUCCUGGAACGUUUCUCUGGGACCAAGAAGCUGGCGAAGCUGUGGAUGGGGAGACGUUCUCCGUGUUUCUUGCGGCAGUUGCGCUCUCGAUCCUCGCUUUCCUCGCAGUGCAGGGAUCCAACCCAGGCUACCUUUUCGUGCAAAGAGACUGGGUCGGCGAUGGCGGCACCGAGGCAGAGGAGGAAACAACGUGCUUGACUGCAGAACCUGUACAACACCAGAGCCAUACUCACGACCAAGAAAAAGGAGAAGAAGCCGGCGAGGCAAGACUGUUGACUAGUACCAUCACAAGCAGGGACCACGCUUCGAAGAAGCCAGUCGAAGAGGGCCAGCCUACGGAGGGCAACGAAAAGAGCAGCAGCAUCAACACCGCAAGCGUUGUCGGCGGUUUCGAAGGCUCUUUGACACGGCCUGACUUUGUCCGAUGUCGGCGUUGUCAAGACAUGGAGGUGCCCCUGCGAUCCCACCACUGCCGGGCAUGCGGACGGUGCGUGGCGACGUUUGAUCACCACUGCAAGGUUAUCGGGACGUGUAUCGGGGAGAGGAACCACUGCCGCUUCUGGUGGUUCUUGCUGGCGCAGACGGUGUCCCUGGCGGAGGCGAUUCGAAUAACCAUGUCCGGCUUCUCCGAUGACGGCGACCGCUAUUCUUUUACUCUUUCGCCAGCGGUGGGUGAAGCAGGGGCGACAACACCAACGGAGUCGACAACUGCUGAGGGCAGCUGGGCGUCAAGGAAUGCCUUGGCUCUGGCGUGCUCCUGCUGCCUGUGGCCGUGCUUCGCGUUGUCCGUCGUCCUCCUGGUGACCCACAGCUGGAUGGCGAUCUCAAGCUUAACAAGCUACGAGUGCCUAAGAGGGGGAGGCAGGGGGCCAGACUCGUUGGAGUAUUUGGAGGUACUCGGUGUGGACCGCGGGAGGUGUUCUCCUUCGCCUGACAAAAUGUUGACGCCGGCAGGGCGGGAUGUUGUGGCCGACAAGGCUCAUCGAGGGCAGCACGGGCAAUGUUGGGAACAAGAGAGUUCGACCUGCCGUUUAGCGAGGGGCUUCUGGGAAAUCUGCGGGGGUUCUGUUGCAGUCGUGAUGACUUUCGUGUACGCAGGGGGUGGUGGCGAAGUCCCGGGCGCGCAGGAACAGUUGCAGCCUGGAGGCCAAGGCUCUGGAAGCUUCCCGGCCGCAUCGAUCGCGACUCCGAAGACUGGAGGUCUAACUUGUGGGAGAACAAGUACUGGUCUUGUUGCUAAUAUCUCAUUGGAAGUCCCGGCCGCAUCGUGCGCGACGCCGAAGACUGGAAUUCUACCCUGUGGGAGAGCAAAUGCUGGUCUUGUUGCUGAAUCCUCAUUGUUCUUAGACCGGAGACCAACGGUGGUCUUCGACGGGACGCUUGGUGCCUCCCUUGAAGCUACUUGGACCCCUUCAUGCUAGUGAGUGACUCCAGCUUGCCAUGUGUGGACCAGAGGACGGCAUCGCUACCAUUGUCCUGGGAUGCCAUCGGCGCAGACGUUUCACGCCGAGGGGGGGUCCGUAAUCAGAGAUCAAGCUUUGCAUGAGACCCUGAGCCACCGCACUAUCUCACUCCUAGUAUGUGCUCCGAACUUGCGGUCGUUUUCUCUACCUCUGUGGGCUUGGGCCCAGAGCACACUACCCGAAUAGAACCCAGCGCUUGAGAGCACCUUCGCCGUGAUUGGUGUUGGGGAUCCCGCAAAAGAUAUCAAACUCAAGUGAACGGUAUCGAUUCAUUUUUACACCAUUUUCACAGAGCAAAAAAGCUUCCGUCGGGUUUCGUUUCGAAACCGAACAUCAUUCUCCCUGGUGGAUUUAUCUACGAGAGAAGUUAGUCGCGUGUGGAAUGGGAGGGAUGUCACCACGGAAUACUUGCGUUGCUGCCCGAGUGGGUAGUGGAUAGCCCACCCUUCGCGUAGCUCGUAGUGCAAGAGCCGUCAUUGUGUGGGGGGUUGUGGUCCUGAUGGUCGCGGUGUUGUUGUUGGGGCAGAAGGCAAAAAAGACGCAGACGAUAUAUUGUUGGGCCUAUACCAACGCGUACAGGACCGAAUUUCGUGCAACCAAGAACUGGUUUGACAUGACGCCGAAGUUCCAGGACCGUUUGCCAUGCUUGCUUAGGUUGCCCGCCCGCGGCAUCUGUGCUUGUGCGUACUAUUCUUGCCGCUGUUUUUCUGCGUGCUUUGAUGAGUGAACGUUUUCGAAGGGAUCAUUGGCAUGAACAAGACCGGCAUCACCUGCUGCCGGUGAGAAUGAAUGUCUGCUAGGAAGCAGUCAAGGCUUGGAAAUAUCCAUUAGCAAGUCAUGGCCGAUGAAGUACAAUGGCACAAGACGUCGCUGUCGCGUACACUUGUAAUCCCCUUCUACCAAAACUUAUGACGAGACAUCUGACCUGGAGUAAACGCCCCAGUUGUUGACGGCACACUCUCGACCAACAUCUCAAGUUUCGGCAAUGCGGGGGUAGAGGUGGGGCCGAAAGAAACUGGGAGGGUCGCGUGGAGACGACAGUCCGUAACAAGAGGUGUUGCGGACAAACGAGAUUUGCUCCAAAAAAGGCACAACAACCCCAUGCGCCAUGCAUCAUUCGAUGCACAAAGGGUGGGGACAAGAAAAAAGGAAGAAAAUCACCCCUGUUGGAAACCGAAGCUGGAAGAAAGGAGGUUCGAAAAGCUAGUGCAUCGGAGCUAUGGUGGCAUGUUGACGUUCGGAAAGCUUCGCAAUAGCGUAGGGUUUGGCCAAGGUCGAACACUUGGCAACCACAGGAGGAAGGCAGUGUUCCACCCAACGAGUUUAGGCCGAGCGAGGUGUUCGGGAUAAGAUACUCCACGAAGAAGGGCAGUCGGGUUUGGCUUGGUUUACUUAGAUGUCGGAAUCAUAAGUGAGAGAAAUGUGUCUGCUUUUUUUAGUAUGCCAGGUGGAGGCUUGGAGUUGGAACUGAGAGUUGCAACCGUUCAAUCCUUACGUCGAUCCGGGUGGAAACUCAGUCAGUUUGCGUGACUUAGCACGUGUGAGAUCUACGGCCUCUAGUCUAUUGAUUCUCUGUUGGGGUGGAUAGUCAUGCUUAAACCGUGCUGCCACUGCAGGUAGGCGCAUGUUGUAGCAGAUGUAACACACGCGAGUCGUUGCA